ACACACACACACACACACACACACACACACACACGCACACACACGCACAGCGCGAGACUUCGCCAUGCGCACCAUAACACAGCACCAGAGCAGAAGCACGAUAAAGCGCAGUUUCUUACAGCACAGGGUUUAGGAGUCAGGAAACAAAGCUGGUCCGCACUUCCGCCACACACACACACACACACACACACACACACACACACACACCAUGGAGCGCGCUUCGGCGGCUACAGGAAGGUCGAGUCCGAACCAGAACCACGCGGACUGGACACGGAGGAACACUGGAAGAGGAGGAGGAGGAGGAGGAGGAGGAGGAGGGGGAGGCGGGGGGAGGAGGCCACAGCUGGAAGGAGUACUGAGCAAAUACACUAACAUGAUCCAGGGCUGGCAGAACAGGUACUUUGUUCUGGAUGAAGAUCUGAGCCAGCUCCAGUACUUUGUGAAUGAACAGGGGCGGAGUCAGAAACCCAGAGGGACCCUCUCUCUGAUUGGUGCAUCAGUUACUGUCAGUGAUGAGGCACCUCACAUGUUUAUCGUCAACUCAGCUAAUGGGGAGCUCUUCAAACUCCGAGCGGUGGACAGUAGAGAGCAGCAGUUGUGGAUCUCUCUCAUUCAGUCCUGUGCAACAGACAGCAGUAUGAGGAUGUUAAAGGACACUGAUGAGCAUCUGGGUGUGGACAGGACAUUCAGUAGUUUGGACACACAGGGUUCAUCACGUCGGAGUUUCUCCCUCCUCCCCUCUGCCUCUUCCUCGACCUCUUCCUCUCCAAGGCUGCAGAGGCAUCUCCCUCACCUUCCUCAUCUUCCUCAUCCUAACAGAUCUCCUUUAACUCCACGCCAUGCCAAACACACACAUGUUCAGCCUGACACACUGCUGGAGGUCAGAGAGGUGAUCAGUCAGGCAGAGUGUCAGCAGAAAUCCCUUGUUCACUCCAUCGAGCUCCUCCCACGGAGAGGGGGUGUGUCCUGUCUGGAUCAGGACUUGCUGCUGCUGAAGGCUACAUCAGCCGCCACAUUGCACUGCCUCGCUCAGUGCCUCAGUAUGCUACAGCAUCACAGAUAUGCCCAUAACCUGUCAGACCGUGCCCACCCACAGGCCCCGCCCUCUGAGGAAUGUGAUGUAGACAGUGUAAAGACUAGCGGCUGCCAGGCGCCUCUGCUCAAACAAGACCAAACGAACACACGCUGAGCUCAAUCCUUCUGUGAUAUGGUCAUUUUAUUUGUUACUUGUGUGUGAAAGAAAGGGCUCAGUCUCUCCAUGCACUUAUGAAGUGUGUGUGUGUUUGUGUGUGUGUAUGUGUUUGUGUGUGUGAGUUAAACUAAUGCACUUUUCUUCCUAUGCUGGAGUAACCAAAGCAUGCCACACAGUGCCUGAUCAAUCUCCUUCAUCAACACCACCUAACAUCCAAUAAAACAUUUCAGACUCAUG